AUGAAUCACGAACAAGUCUGGCGAGAACUUUGUAUUAAUGCCUUUAAUAACCAGACAGAAGCAAAUGAUUUUGUGUUGUUUGUAGAAGGAUGUAAGACAGCUACAGAUAACGGUUAUGCUUGGACAACCCAACGACCUGAUUACCAGCAACUACUUUGCAACAUUGGCUGUUCAAAUGGCGCCGAACACACCUUCACAUUACCUUCAGAGACAUUUGCACAAUUGGCGCAAAUCAAACGAGAGGCCCGUACUGAAUGGCACAGACGUCGUCAAGAAGAGUUAAAGACACACCUAAAGAAAACGUUGGCCGAGAUACAUCCACUUUCAGACUUGACUCAAACUCAACGAUUAGCCCUUAUCAAAGAAUUUGUCAAUGCACACAAGACUGAUCUAGGAUCGGUCCCAUUCAUCAGUGGUCUCAGAGGCUUGUUAAAAUACCAACUAGCUCAUAAAGAUCGAUUAGCAGAAUGGUCACUGAGUGAAUAUAUCCUGACUCAAAACAAUGAAGAAGCCAUAGAGGCCUAUGUACGGUUACUCAAGGGCAUACUAUGCAUGCAGCUCGUCUAUCAAGACGAGAUAGAAACGAAUGAGAGCAUAGUAAUCGAUAUAGAAGAACAUCAAGAAACUCUUCUCUGGCGUAUGAAUCCCAACCUUUCAAACGGUGCCAUCCGUGACAUCCUUUACAGCUUACCGUCGUCAUCGGUAGACAACACAAGUUAUAGACUAUCCGAUAUACCUCGACAAAAAGAGCAAAGUGUGUUGGAGUGGAUCAUUCAAUGGUUAACUCACUGUUUGUCUUUUUUACCACAAAUAAAAACAUAG